UUAUCGGGCCUUUUCACGGGCGCAAUUCGCCACCGUCCCGCCCCCAAACCGGCAUCGCGGGAAUCCGAUCUCGGCGCGUCAAAUCGGAAACCCCGAUUCGUCGUUUGAUGAUGACAUGAUGCGCGUCUCGUGUCAAGGUACCGCUCGAUCGGGCUCGGCGUGAUCGCCCCCGUUUAAGGGGAGGUCGAGCGGAGAGCGGCAGCGGAGGAGCGGGAGGAAGAGGAGGAGAAGCGCGAAGGGCCCCGGCUCCCUUCUCGCUUCCGACACCGGACAGGUAUUGCGGGAUUCUUGGUUUAGGUAAAAGAAUGCCUCGACCACCGGACAUAGGGUGGCAAUAUGGUACCAUGAUAGGUGGCCAUAGACAUCAUGUCCAGUGUAACUAUUGUCAUAGGAUCAUGAUCGGAGGUAUUACACGUUUUAAGAAACACUUGGCAAGCAAAAGAGGAGAAAUCAAGGGUUGUGAUGCCGUUCCGAAAGAAGUAAGGGAGAUAAUAGCGCAUCAUCUAGCAACACGAAAACCGAGAAGGCCGAACAAAAGAAGACGAAAGACAGCUGAGGGAACUUCUUCAGCACCAAUUUCUACUAAUUAUAGUGUGGAAUCAGAUGCAUCAGAUCCAGACAUGACACAUGCUAGACAAGGAGUAUUGACCUUUAAUGAAGCAGAAGUUCAUUCUCAAAGAACAUCUGAGCAACAGUUUGAGAUUGGGACAAGGGGUUUCAUUGAUGCCUUUUCAUGUAUUCAAUAUAAGGAUGAGCAAGAUUUCAUGCCUACUAGAGCCACUGAUAUUGGAUGGGCUCAUGGUGCAAUGGUCAAUGGGGAUCGACAAAAGAUAGAGUGCAAAUAUUGCCACAAGAUAAUCUUAGGUGGUGGAAUUUCUCGUCUUAAACAACAUUUAGCAGGAGAAAGAGGUAACAUAGCACCAUGUGACCAAGUACCUGAUGAUGUCAAAGCACAAAUGCAACAACAUCUAGGCUUUAAGGUUUUGGAAAAUUGUAAUGUCCAGCAGAACACAGAAGAAUAUAAUGGUGAUGCUCUUAAAGUGACUCCGAUUUCUCCAACAGCUGCUUCUCAUAGGAGACGAGGGAAGGAUGAAGGAUAUUCCAAAAAGAGAAAGAAAGUGGAGAUGUUACGCAGUCCACAGGGCUCAACAUUCCCUCUGUCUACAUUGCAACUUUCUUUUGCUUCACAAGAAAUCAUAGACCAAGCUGAUAUUACGGUUGCAAAAUUCAUGUAUGAAUCUGGCAUACCACUAAGUGCAGCCAAUUCAGUGUAUUUUCAGAGAAUGGCAGAUGCUAUCGCUGGUGUAGGGCCUGGCUACAAAAUGCCUUCGCAUCAUUCCCUCAAAGGUAAAUUGUUAAGUAGAUGUACCACUGAUGCAGAAGAAAUCAGCAAAGAGCUUCGUAAGUCAUGGGAAGUGACGGGCUGUACUGUCCUGGUUGAUAGGCUGAUGGAUACAGCUGGUCGGUCCAUAAUUAACUUUUUUGUUUAUUGUCCGAAAGGAACAAUGUUUCUCAAGUCAGUAGAUGUAUCCCAGAUUGAGACUUCCUUGGAAGGCCUUGUCCAUUUAUUUGAGAGUAUCAUUCAAGAUGUUGGCCCUGGAAACAUAGUACAUUUCUUAUCGGAUAGUGCACCCUGGUAUAAAGCUGCAGGAAAGGUGCUAAUGGACAAGUAUAAAACCUUUUUUUGGAGUGUCUGUGUGAACCAUUGCAUUGAACUAAUGUUUAAAGGCUUGAGUGAAAUGGAUGAAGUAUAUGGUGUAAUUGCCAAGGCAAAGAAAAUCACUCAGUUGAUUAAUAAUGAUGCAUGGCUCCUUAAUUUGUUGAAGAAGACUACUGAAGGAAGAGAUUUAAUUCGACCUGGCAUGACACAGUCUAUAACAGACCAUCUAACUUUACAGAAAAUAUUUUCUCUCAAAGACGCUCUUCAGCAGAUGUUCACUUGUGACUCCUGGGAGGAGUCGGUGUUGUCUAAGCAAAAGUUAGGAAUGGGUGUAAAGAACAUUGUAUUUGAUUUGCAGUUCUGGCAAUCAUGUGCAAAUAUCAUAAAGGUCUCAGAACCCCUUGUGAGAGUUCUACACCUUGGAGAUGGUGGAGAAAGGCCUUCUAUGGGAUAUACAUUUGAUGCAUUUGAAAAAGCAAAAAAGGAUAUCAUAUUGGCAUUUGAUAACCAGGAAUCUGAUUAUUUGCCAUAUUUGGCGGUCAUAAAUCGUGUACAUGAUGAAUUUCACAGCCCCCUGCAUGCUGCUGCUUAUUAUCUUAAUCCCUCCAUCUAUUAUAACACCAGAUUUUUUAUUACCAAUGUUAUUCAGAAAGGCUUGCUUGAUUGUAUUGAGACAUUAGAGCCUGAUCUGACUGCCCAAGAUAAUAUUACAAAGCAUAAAUCUUUUUAUGAAGAUUCUCUAGGAGACUUUAGUCGACCAUUGGCUUUAAGGGGAAGAGAAUCACUGCCUCCAGCUGCAUGGUGGUCUAUGUAUGCAUCAGAUUAUCCAGACCUACAGCGAUUUGCCGUUAGGAUCCUAAGCCAGACAUGCCGCAUGCCUACAUUCAGGAGGAACUGCUACAUCAAUGAAUAUGCCCAUUCAAGUAAGAACAGAUUGGAACGUGCGAGGUUGAAUGACGCUACUUUCAUCCACUAUAACUUGCACCUUCAAGAAGGACAACCAGUGGCAACAGAAAGCAAGGGCUUGAUAAAUGGCGAAAAUGACCUGCUCAGCAUAAGCAGCUACGAUGCAGGAGAUUGGAUCGAUGAUCCUGGAAUACUUGAGGUAGAAGGUAUCAACUUGUUAGAUGUCACUCUACCUGGUGGACCACUACCUGUGAUCGAUAAAGCUGGCAAUACAAGUGAUGGUAAUCUUGUUAUUGAUGAUUGAUCCACAAAUCAGCUUGUGAACGAUAAAUGAUGCAAACAUAGAAAAGGCGUCACUGCAGCUGUAGUUCAGUAUAUGUUAGCAAUACAUGAGGGGGUAUAUUUCGCAGCCCCGAGUUUGUAUGACUAUAUAUCAAAUGAAUUGUAUUUUUGGAGAAGGGUUUUCCGCCCGACUACUGUUGUAAAUAACUACUUCAGAUCCCAAGUUCCAUAUAAUUGUUAUCGA